AGGCUUGUCUCAGCUAGUUUUCUACAACUUCAUACCACUAUACACGAACAAUAACUUACUUAAACUCCCUCUCCCGUAACUAGAGCUAGACUCUGUAGUUGCCCUGUACCACAGACACACACGCAUACACACUACGACAGACGGUCGUCAGAUAUCGAGAAGAUGAUGGCUCUUCGACUUCUCUGGGGCACUGCGGCUGGGCAUCAGCUUCUGAUGGCGCAAACAAACAUCACUGCAGUUCAGGCCGCCAACAUCCCUGGUGCUGGAGGUCGUGCAUCCUCGGGGCCGCGGGAGGACAAAAACGAGGGUAAGUUGUGGAAUGCACACCUGCAGGCCGGCUCGGAUUUCUUCUCGCUUGUUCGGGCGGAUGGUGAGGAUGAACCUGCGAUGUUUGGGUUUCAACGACUUAAUGAGGGACUAGCUUGGAUGUCGACGCAAGGACAUCAGGAGCUCACGCUAGUCACGGUCAGUCCUGAAGGCAAUGCUACCAAUACGAAAAUGCGUCAACAAGGUCCAGCAAAUCUAGGAAUGCUAAGCUGGAAAGUAGUGGACGAGGAGGAAGAACCGGAACAAACUACUGGCGCCGCGUCCGCCUCGGAGGAGCACGACCAGGAUGAGAGCACGAAGAAAGUAGACGGCAUCUUUGGAGGAGGUGCUGGAGCCGGAACGCCGUUGGGCCGCCACGCCGUCACGCAGGCCAAAUCUGGAACAAUGUCAAUCGGGAAAGUAGAGGAGCAAAAACCGGAAAAGCAGGAUAUUAAGAGCAAGAAGAAACAGGGCAUCUUUGGAGGCGGCUUCGCGAAAGGUUUUUUGGAGCCGAAGGCUGAAGCUCAACCGGCCGCCACCCCGUCGAAGGACAGAAAGCCCGAAUCUCAAAGAGAUGAAGAAGCUUCUGAAGCGGCUCGGGAAAACCAAGACCGCGUCGUACUAGAAAAAGAGGAGAGCGGGGGAGCUCCUGCUGAUUCGAAAAAGCACGGAUAUCCCGGGACCUCGGUGUGCACUGGCACGGGGAGCCAGGAGCCUGCAGCCACCAGCAAGUCCAAGCUAUUAGUGGGAGGUCGUGAACAAGACCAAGACGUGACGGCGCGCUUCAAUGAGAUCGAUGAGGACAUGAAGAUGUGGGAAAAAUUGAUGGCGGAUAUGGCGGAGUCUGAUAGUGAUGAUGAUGAGGGUGAUGGCGUCGCGGCCCUCGUGGAGAAGCUGAACAUGAUCCGGAGGAAGUACGUCCCGCUCGCCCUAGAAUCAUACUCUGGUGGCUCCGCGAGCGGUUUUUUGAAACCGAAGGCUAAAGGUAAACCGGCCGCCACGCCGUUGGAGGAGGAUCCCGAAUCUAAAAGAGAUGAAGGAGCUGAAGCGGCUCGGGAAAAGGAAGAUCGCGUUGUAGAAAAAGAGAAGAGCGGAGCUCCUGCUGAUUCGAAUCACGGAUGUAGUUCCGGGUCCCCGUCGUGCACUGGCACGGGGAGCCAGCGGCCUGCAGCCACCAACAAGUCCAAGCUAUUAGCGGGAGGUCGUGACGUGCCGACGAGCGUCGAUGAUUGGAUCUCGAAGCUUGCCAAAUUUGGCCCUCCAGGUCCAGAGCGUUUGGCGAUGGCGGAAAAACAACUGGAGGACAUGAUUGCAGAGCUGGAGCGGGACGGAGCCCUCAAGCCACGUGAAGAAGGUGGCAUCCCAGAUGAGCUACUCGAGUUGUAUGCUAGGCACGGAUUCGGGACUAAACCGGGAGAGCCGCAGUGGUCGCCCGAAAAAGUUGCACCCGAGGUGAACAAAUGGGCGGCGGAGUACGCCGACAGGGUCAUGCUCGCUCAAAAAAAAAAAUCAUCUGCUGGCCCUGGCACUGGCUCCGGAGGUUCUUCGUCCUCGCAUUCGCGCGGCCCCGCGGACGACCCAGCAGGACUCUCGGAAACUUUGAGAAAUCUCAGUCUCGAUAUGUUGGAUAAGAAGUAAAAAGCGAGGAGUUAAUAUUGCUGGGACAGUACGUAGGGCCUUGGUGGUGGAGAGCAGAUUCAUUUAGAAGAUACUGUCGAUCUCGCCUUUGAGAACGAAGUGUUGUGCUGGUCUCAGGAAGCAAGCAUAACAAGAAGAGAGGGGACUGAGUAAGAGAAAGAGGUAGGAGAACGAGAUGGACGGAACUCCAGGUCGUGGUAGAAACUGCACUAAAGAAAAAGCACUAACACAUCAAGAUGGCUGCUACUGCUAGCCUUAUAGAAGAAGCGAUGAACAAUACUUAGCUCGUGCGUCGUGUAUGAUUUGAUUCGAAUCGCAAGUAGGGGGAUAUUAACAUUACUUAGGUGGAAGAUAGGGACGCUACAUAAUAGACUUUACAGAAACACAAACAACUACUAACUAUCUCGAUACCGAGAAGCGAGACAUGGUAGCCAGGGCGACUAGGGUGUUUCUCUGUUGAAGAGGGUGACCGCAGUAGAGCUACUGAUGAAAAUUACUUUGUUUAAGUUUGGCUGGUCCUCAACAUAAAAGAUCGCACUUUGUACUCGAAGAAUUUCGCUUUAUCGUAUGGGUAUGAUCCUACCAGGGAUAGGGGAGCUGAUCUAGAAGAUUGCGACUAGUUCUUCUCAUAAAUCUAUAUUUCAGACUUUUUGAAGUCUUCGAAAACUACCUUUUGUUAUUCUCGCCUGUACGUAAUUGCCGCAGCUCCCUCUUGAAUUUGGAGUAUUUCCACGGAUGGUGGAAGGUGUAGCCACCUUCUGCUUCUUCUCCUUGGGCGCUACAGAUAUCAAACAGGAGCUGACAUCAAUUACUUUUUGAACAGAGAGAUUUUGGCCACAUCUGAAACUUGACGCAAGGGCUUUGCCCGCGUUGAAAAACUGGACCACUGCAGAUUAGCAAUUAUAAGCCGCAGCUCGACUCCGUGGAGUUGGAGCGCGCACUUUUGUGAUAAAAAAAAUGUGGCCGUGUGCCCUGUAGGCACGUAUUACUAGUGCGUGCAGAUAACAUACAAAAACA